AUGGAAAAACAACAAUUCGUCGAAGAGCCGGAGGAACUAGAUUCAUCUAAAGAUAUUCCUAUUGGAGGUGGUGAUUUGAGUAAAAUGAAAACCCCAUAUUACUCAUAUCACGUUGAUAAGGAAAUUAAAAGUGUUGAUUCUCAUUAUUGGGCUAGACGUUCUUCUCAUAAAGCACCAAUUACUCCACCUGAAAAAACUAAACGGGAACUUUUAUUUCCUUCUGGAUUUUGUGAUGAAAAGUCUCUAAUGGUUCCAGAAGAAGUGAUUGAUCAACAAGUUACGAGCGAAUUAGAAGAUCUUUAUACUCGUUUUCAUAAAUGUCUUGAUUUGCGUGACAAAUAUAUGGAAUUAUCGUUGCAAAGGUUAGGAGAUAAUCCUAAAGAUCAUGAUAUUUGGAAAAUUUAUCCUAUCCCACCACAACCAACAUGGAAUUCACUAUCAAAUAAUUCUCGAUCAUUUUCGGAUGAUUCAUUAUCAUCUUCAUACUAUAAAAAUGAAAAGAAAGGAGUUGGUGAAAACUUUGAUUUUGAGAAAUGCGAAAUUCCUGAAGAACAUGAGUAUAAUUUCAAAUUAAAUGAAAGUGGUGUUUAUAAUGUUCAUAAAACACAAGAAGAUCUUGAUAAUAAUCGAUCAGCCUACGAGGUUCCAAGUGCCAAGGAUUAUUUUAUGGAUCUUGAGCAAAUUUUAGAAACGAUUUCCGAUGGUCCAGCAAAAAGUUAUGCAUAUAAAAGAUUGUGUUAUUUGGAAAGUAAAUGGAACAUGUAUUCAUUAUUACGAGAAUAUCAGGAAAUUGCCGAUUCAAAGAGAGUUCCGCAUAGAGACUUUUAUAAUGUUAGAAAGGUUGAUACCCACGUGCAUUUGUCCUCAUGUAUGAAUUCUAAGCAUUUGCUUCGAUUCAUUAAAUCGAAAUUAAAAAAAUGUCCAAAAGAUGAGGUUAUUUUCAGAGAUAGCAAAGUGCUUACCCUCGAACAAGUUUUUAAGAGUUUGAACUUGACUGCAUAUGAACUCAAUAUUGAUACUUUAGAUAUGCAUGCCCAUACAGAUUCGUUCCAUCGAUUCGAUAAGUUUAAUUUGAAAUAUAAUCCAAUCGGCGAAUCUCGUUUAAGAGAAAUCUUUCUAAAGACUAAUAAUUAUAUUAAUGGAAGAUAUUUUGCUGAACUUACUAAAGAGGUGAUUUCAGACUUGGAGGCAAGCAAGUACCAAAUGGCAGAAUACCGUAUUUCUAUUUAUGGACGUUCCAAAUCAGAAUGGGACUUGCUUGCAAAAUGGGUCAUAGAUAAUAAAAUAAUGUCACCAAAUGUACGUUGGUUAAUACAGAUACCAAGACUUUAUAGUGUCUACAAAGGAACAGGAACUGUUGAAAGUUUUGAAUGUGUGAUCAAAAACAUAUUCGAACCUUUAUAUGAGGUUACCAAGGAUCCUAGAUCUCAUCCCGAAUUACACAUUUUCCUUCAACGCGUGGUAGGAUUUGAUAGUGUUGAUGAUGAAUCUAAAGCUGAACGUCGUAUACACAGAAAAUAUCCAUGUCCCAAAGAAUGGAAUACUUUGCUUAAUCCACCAUAUUCAUAUUAUUUAUAUUACAUGUUUGCAAAUAUGAUCAGCUUGAAUCAAUGGAGAAAGGUCAGAGGCUUUAAUACAUUUGUCCUUCGACCUCAUGCUGGUGAAGCUGGUGAUACCGAUCAUUUAACUUCUGCUUUCCUGACAUCACAAUCUAUUUCUCAUGGUAUAUUGUUACGCAAAGUCCCUGCAUUACAAUAUCUUUAUUAUCUUAAACAAAUUGGAAUUGCUAUGUCGCCUCUAUCAAAUAACGCAUUGUUCUUGAAUUAUGAGAGAAAUCCAUUGUUGAGUUUCUUUCAAAAAGGGUUAAAUAUAAGUUUGAGUACAGAUGACCCAUUACAAUUUCAUUAUACAAAGGAACCAUUGAUUGAAGAAUAUAGCGUUGCUGCUCAGAUUUGGAAAUUGUCAGCUUCAGAUAUGUGUGAACUUGCGCGUAAUUCAGUUGUGCAAAGUGGAUUUGAAAUUGCAGUCAAGAGACAUUGGUUAGGAAAAGAUUGUCACCUACCUGGACCAGAAGGAAAUGAUAUUAAUAAAACGAACGUUCCUCUUAUCAGGAUGAAGUACCGUUAUGAUACAUUAAAGGAAGAAUUUGACAUGGUAGAAAAAUAUUCAAAAAUCAAGAAACCUAUUGUAUUUCCGGGAAUUAUGAUUCAAAAUGAUGAGAAAAUUCCUAAUCCAGUCGCAGAUAAGGCUACCAGUGAUAGCGCACCCUCAACACCUGGAGGUAGUAAUAAAUCAUUCUUUUCAGAUUUUAAUAUUGGUAUUAUACCUGGUGUAGCAAUGUUUGCAGACAAAGAAAAUGCAAAUAGAAAAAAUAAAACUUAUCGAGAUAGAUAUACUGAGGAUUUAACGAAUAGUAGAAAUAAUUUAUUAGAAAGUGAAAAAUGA